GCAGAGCUGCUUCCAUGGUGGGGCACGGCUGGUGCUGGUCCAGAGGGCUGCAAGUUGGAUGUUGCCCUGGCUGCUGAGCUGCUAGGGCCAGAGAGUACAGCUGGUGCACAGGCACUGGGACCACCAGGCUCAGCCUCCAGCAGGAGCUCCCCACCCCGGCUGGGCACAGAAGAGGAUGAGGUAGGGGCAGCUGCAGGGCGUGGGGUGAAGAGGAAGAGGUGCAGCAGUGUGGUGGCAAGCAGGGAGCUGGCCAAGCGCCAGGAGCGGGCCAACGAGCAGCGAGUGCUGGAGCUGACAGCCCACAAUGAGCAGCUUCGGGAAGAGAUCCAGCGGCUUGGCAUGGAGGUGGAGCGCACACGGGCAGCCCUUAUCGACCGCAUUGUGAACCUUCGCCAGACUUAG